AUGCAUGCACACUAUUCCUUAUACCGACAAUGUUGUCUUUGUUUCUUUACUUGCAGCCUGACAGGGCCUGACAGCCACACAACGUACUUCAAAUUCAACUCGCAACACUGCCAGCCACCAGUCGUCCCGAGGUGUCCUCCUGACGCGAAGAGUGCUGUUGCCGAAGAGGUUCCAACCUACGCUGCACAAUGCUUUGAAGAGGCGAGGCGGUUGCGAGAUGAGGGUGUGCAUCUUCCCCAGAGCUGUCUCAGAGCAUUGGAAAGGUUGAACUGUGCCCAGACUGUGGAUCAUACACAGGUCACAAAUGGAAUUGGACAAAAAGUGAACUGCGACCCGUUCGUUGCUGGGAUCGUGGCAGUUUUGAAGCUGGGAGCGACGCGCUGGCAGAUGUGGGUGGUUUGCCGUCUACUGAGUUUUGGAAUUCGUGGCUGGUAG